CAUUUAUUUCUAAAUGCAUUUCAAACACAUCUGAUCCCAACGUCCUAUUGCUAUCACUAAUGGCUAUAUUGUUGUGGUAUUCACUCAUCGGUUUGUGUCUUGUAUUCACAUUCACUGAAUGCGAGGCCAACAAUUGUCUGGUGAGCCGAUCCAACGCCCAGACCAGAGACCAGAACUCAGACGCCUUUAUCCCGGAGUGCACUCGCGAUGGACUCUUUGCGUCGGUUCAGUGUCACCGGAGUUCAGGUUACUGUUGGUGUGUCGAUGUGAUGACCGGUCGACCCAAGAGUCACACCACUACACGAAACGUAUCUCCAAAUUGCAGCCGUCGCUCGACAUCACGCGAACAGAACCCCAACCGACGCAAAGACAAGAGGCUCUGCAUUAGCUCUCAAAGAGUCUUAUUUAACACUCAAUUGUUGGGCGUCUUUGUGUCGGAGAAUACCCGCAAAACUGGACACCAAAACGAGUCGUCCAUAUCGGCGUCCAUUGAAUCCAAGUUUAAUGAAUUGGAUCUGAAUUUAGACCAAAGGAUCACAAGACAAGAGACCAAAGAUUUGAUCCAAUUAAUCAAAAAACUGUUUCCUCUGUUCCGUGUCUGCGCUCAACAGAUGUUCACGUUUUGCGACCAAAACAACGACUCGUUUGUCACGAAAUCCGAGUUCAAAGAGUGUCUCAAUUUUGACUUCAGUUUCCGCGCCUUUCUGUAA